AUGAGUCUUAAAACUUGGGAUUAUGAGGAAUAUGAACUUGAUAAGGGCAAAUUGCUUGGUUCCGGAUCAGCUGGCAAAGUAUUUAAAUGCUAUUCAGGAAAGAUGAAGCAAUAUUUUGUUUUAAAGACGCCACACAAUAAUAACCUUUUUGAUAAGAAUAUAGCGAAUGAAAUUAACAUUUGGUUGAAACUUGAGCAUAAAAAUAUAAUCAAAUUCCACGCAAUUACUCAAGAUCCCAGAACAGAAGAGUAUAGCAUUGUUCUUCAAUUUGCAGAUGGAGGAGAUCUUAAUAAUUAUUUAAAGAAUAAUAAGCUUGAGUGGUCAGAAAUAAUUAGAAUGGCGAAGGGUCUUGCUGCUGGAGUUCAUUAUUUACAUAAUUAUCAAGGAGGAAUUAUACAUGGUGAUCUUGUAUGA